AUCACCAUCUGGUUAUACUGCAGAAUAUGGCAUAUGGAUCUUACUCAGUCUGCUGUUCUGUAUAGUGUGAUGACCCUAGUAAGCACAUAUUUGGUAGCCUUUGCAUACAAGAAUGUGAAAUUUGUUCUCAAGCACAAAGUAGCACAGAAGAGGGAGGAUGCUGUUUCCAAAGAAGUGACUCGAACACUUUCUGAAGCCGAUAAUAGAAAGAUGUCUCCUAAGGAGAAAGAUGAAAGAAUCCUGUGGACGAAGAAUGAAGUUUCUGAUUAUGAAGCUACAACAUUUUCCAUCUUCUAUAACAACACUCGGUUCCUGGUCUUGGUCAUUGUUGCUUCCUUCUUCAUAUUGAAGAACUUCAGCCCCACAGUGAACUACAUUUUGUCCAUAAGUGCUUCAUCAGAACUCAUCGCCCUCCUGUCUACUGGCUCCAAGUAG